AUGGCUAGAGCAGAUGGCCGCCGGGUCAGUUUCUGCUUCGGGGAGUCCUUGAGCUGCUUGAAGGCUCCUGCAAAGCCGGAAGAGAUCCUGGUUGAAGAUGGGCCGCCACCAACUCUGCACAGCAGUUUGGACUCCAGUGCGACAGCCCGCAACGCGGGCGGUGAACAUGACGCAUAUGAGGAAGCUACUGCGAGCUUCAACUCAUUCUACUGCUUGACGGGUCCGGAGGACAUGGAGCCAUUGAGUCGGCCACUUGAGCCCAGACGAUUUCUUCACGAGAAGCACUUGGAUGCUUUGGACAAAAUCCGCAAGGUAAUUGAGCUUUCUCCACACCGGUUGCGUUUUUCUGUCAAUUGGCGGCGUUCCAUGGAGUAUGCCGCUGGACCGGGAGACGUUUCAGCAGGAUGUUCUGACAGCACCAAGUCGAACAGUCGCAGUGGUCAGCGUGAGCCACAUUAA